CUCUCCUAGAGAGCAUGCGGCCAGAGAUGGGUUGAGUAUUAAAAAAAAAAAAAAAUGACAAAGGAUGUUAUGAAAAGAGAAGAACGACAGUCCUGGGUCAUAAGGGCUUACCCUGUGCCAGCCUUUAUACUUUUUGGCAGCAGGCAGCAGGCAGCAGGCUUUGCUCUCGCUGUUAAACCCGUGCUUGAAAACCUUCCGAGUUUUCAUUGUUCUCAGGAUAAAGGCCGGAAUCUGCCGGGGUCCACCACCUCACGUCAGGCCAGCCCUCACUCUCCACUGCAGGCCACACUGCCUCACUCACCUCCUGGUUCCCGCCUGCCACCACGCUGGUGGCCCUAGCUUCUUGCUUUCUGGACGGUUCACUACCCCGCACCCAUUUUGUCUCCUUCGGAUCUCAGGAUAUGGUCCCUUCCUCAGGGAAGCCCUCCCUGAUUAGGCCAAGCUCCACUCCCCUUCAUACAGUCCCAUAUCACCAACGGCCUCUGAGAGCUCUAGUUUUAUAAACGCAUACUUGGGAAUAUGGUAACCUUAUUAAUACGCGAACGGCGAGCUUGCAGCUCUAUAGCUAAUUGCGGAAGAAAUGGACGGAAUAGCCGCCCAACCACUCCUCGCCCCUCCCCCUAGGGUUGCGGGGCGGCUAUUACGCAUUAAGCAGGCGCCGCGGGGAGAGAAGUCUCACGGCGCCUGCGCGAGAGGGCACGCAUGCGCAAAAGGACGAGCCCGCUGACAGAUUCGCGGCGGCGGCGGCGGCGGUGGCCCUGGCCCUGGACUGCGGGGAAUGGGAGUCCUAGGUCUUUGAGCGCCGCCCCCGCCUCCCUGCCCCCGACAUGGCUCAGGAGAAGAUGGAGCUAGACCUGGAGUUGCCUCCGGGUACUGGCGGGAGCCCGACGGAGGGAGGCGGCAGUGGCGCCGGCGGGGGCCUCAGGAGGUCUAACAGCGCCCCCCUGAUCCACGGCCUCAGUGACACUUCGCCGGUGUUCCAGGCCGAGGCGCCAAGCGCCAGGCGGAACAGCACAACGUUCCCGAACCGCCACGGCCUGCUGCUGCCAGCCUCACCCGUCCGCAUGCACAGCAGCCGCUUGCACCAGAUCAAACAGGAGGAGGGCAUGGACUUGAUCAACCGAGAGACCGUCCACGAGCGCGAGGUGCAGAACGCAAUGCAGAUAAGCCACUCCUGGGAGGAAAGUUUCAGCCUGAGUGACAACGACGUGGAGAAGUCCGCCUCCCCGAAGCGCAUCGAUUUCAUUCCGGUGUCACCAGCACCGUCACCCACCCGGGGGAUUGGGAAGCAGUGUUUUUCACCAUCCUUGCAAAGUUUUGUGAGUAGCAAUGGAUUGCCUCCAAGUCCUAUUCCCAGCCCAACGACUCGAUUUACUACCCGGAGAAGCCAGAGUCCCAUCAAUUGCAUUAGACCAAGUGUUCUUGGACCAUUGAAAAGAAAAUGUGAAAUGGAAACUGAAUAUCAGCCAAAGAGAUUUUUCCAGGGCAUCACCAACAUGCUUUCUUCUGACGUUGCACAGCUGUCAGAUCCUGGUGUGUGUGUAUCGUCUGAUACCCUUGACGGAAACAGCAGCAGUGCCGGAUCUUCUUGUAACUCACCAGCGAAAGUCAGCACUACCACCGACUCUCCUGUGUCGCCUGCCCAAGCGGCUUCUCCAUUUAUUCCAGUAGAUGAACUUUCAUCGAAGUGAUUCACCCACCCAUCCCGAUACUCAUUUUUUGUUGUUGUUUUUGUUUUUGUUUUGCAAUGGAGAGAAAAAUCAAGUUGGAGCAAGCACUGAACUUUUUCAAUUAAUUUGAGGCUAUUUCCUAUUUGACCCUUUUCCUUUUUUUGGAAUUUCCUGAAAUGUUGUUACUCUAGAGAACUUUUAUGUCAGGUUCCUGCGGAUGCCCUUGAAUUCAGUGUAGUAAUAUUUUCAGACGUUUUCCAAUAAGUGUGUUGAAGCAUACGUCUUUAUGCUGCUAAUAUGUUUAAAUACAUAUGUUAUCCCUUGAUUUUUUAAAAUAAUUGAGAGCUCUAUUUAUUUAUGGGAUUAUUAAGUUCUGAUGCAAAUAUAAAUGUUGAAUUAAUCAGCAUAGUAAACUGAUGUUUUAAAAUUCCGUAUUUCAUGCCCACACUAAUUUUUAAUGUUAUUUUUCAGUGAUUGCUAAUUUCUAUUUGACAAAGAAUAACUUAGCUAUUUACAGCAAUUUUUAAAAAUAUGUUAGUUAUAACAUAUCGAUCCAGUGGUUGUCUAUUUUAUCCAGAAGUCCUUGGAUAUUUAAAUUUCUGGGUACACAAGUGGCUGGGAGGGGGAAUGAUAAAAGAACAAAAUAUAAAAGUUUGCAACAAAUCUUUUUAAAUUAACUAUGUAAAAGUAAACAUUUAAACACAUUUUCUAAUGAAAUUUUAAUAGUAAUUCUAAUAAGUCAUGCAAAUAUAACUACAGAAAAGUUUUAAAAAAUUUUUUUUUAAAACCAGAAAGUGCAUUCUCUUGGGUAGAAUCCUGAAGGGAAAUGGGACAGUGCCUUGCAGUCUUAGCCCACUGUACAUAGGCUGAGACCAGGUUCUUUGUACCACUGCAAACUUAAAAGUUUUUCAAAUGUAGAAAAUGUGGGAAGCCCUGUUGAACUUCACCAGAGCACCCAGGCAGAUAAAAGUCUCUCAAUCAUUGAUAUGCUUUAAAAUAUCCAAUUGUGCCUCAGUGAAAAUCCUUGCCAACAAGGAGCGAAAGCAACUUUUGGCUGCUUUUCUGCUCUGCCCAUCUGUCACCUUCCUGGUUUUCCCUGGCUCAGGAAGGAAGCAGCUGUUUCCUUGCCAACAGGUCCUUCCUCUCCACCUCCCACCAAACUAGGGCACCAUCGGUUAGACAGAGGUACAGUGUGACUUGGAUUUCUGACAGUGAACAACAACAGAACUGUGGAAUUGUUGCAGGAACCUGUGUAGUUAAAGCUACGGCUGGAGUUGACUGCCUUGGGGACGCCAGUUGAUUAAGGGUCAGUGACUUGCAAGAGAAAAUCAGUGGAGAGUCACAUAGGUAAAUCAUUAUUUAACUUAGGUUUUGUUAAAGGUAGAAUUGUGAAAUGUUCUUUUCUUUGCCUUUUACAACUAAGACAAAAUAUGAAAAUAUUUAAUAUCAAAUGUUUUUAUAUUAUACUUCCUAUAUCUUCCUUUACUAGGUAGAUAGAAAGAAUGGCAGACAAAAGGGGAAGGGGAAGAAAUAAAAGAGAGACCAAGACAAAAAGCUCGGGCUUUCUGAGUUACUGCUUACAGAGACUUUAACAAUUAUGUGGAAUUUUUACAACUAUGAGAAUAAAUGGAACUGGUCAACUUUUGAAAGUUGCCUUAAGAAUUCAAUGAAAUUAUGUCGAGGGUAAGAUUGUGUCCGUAGGCUGAAAAUUAUCUGUUCUGGGUAAUAGUUCACGCGCUCCAGUCUGACAUUGUUCCUCCAAUUCAAACCUGUAUAUCCAACUUCCUGUUGGGUACCUUGACCUGCUUCCAGAGGUGCUUUAACCUCAGCAUCUCCAAAACAAAAUUUAGUAUCUUCUCAUUGAACCUGUUCUUGAUUACCUAAAUUGAUGUCCUCACUAUCUGAUUUUCUAAACUAGAAACCAUGGGAAGUGUUUUUUACUUUCCCUUUUCCCUAUCACAUCCAGCAUAAUCACUAAGUCCUGUCUACUGAAGUGAAUCUCAGACCUCUCCCCUUUGUUUCUGUUGCCUCUGAUUAAACUUAGGUUCCAGCCUAAGUGAUCUCGCCCAUUUUCCCACCUCCCUUCUGACCUAGUCUUCACCCUGCUUCUAAAGUGAUCUUUCUGAAAUAUAAACUUGAUUGUUUUUUUCACCCUCCUGCUUGAGAACUUUCUGUGCUUCCCCAUUUCCCACAGCGUAGGGAAUGCUUUCUGUAGCCUGGCAUAUAGUAAGUUCCUUCACGAACUGGGCAUACUGUAAAACAGCUCUACAGCUCUGCUCAUCCUGUCCCAACAUACAUCCUUCCUUCUUACUCUGCAAACACUAGGCUACUUGAUAUUCUUUAAAUAUGCCAUGUACUUUCAUGUGUUUGUGCCUUUGGAUGGAUUGUUCCUUGCCCCGAAAAUGCCAUUCCUGUCCUUUUCAGCCAGGCAAAUGCUUUGUUUCUUUUUUAUUGCAUGUUAAUUUAACUAUGAAAGAAUGUAUACCUGCUGAUUAUAAAGUAUUUAAACAAUGCAGAUAUCUAUAUAGUAAAAAAUGAAAGUCUGCCUUUUACUAUGUAAAAUUCAUCUUCCCUUCCCAUUGGUAAUUUCUGUUAAUUCAGUAUAUAUUGUACAAGAUGUUUUACUUCUCAUUUCCAUGUAUAUAUGUAUAUAAAUUCAGGAAACCAACAUGUCCUUGAAAUCUCUCUUCCUUUUCUUUCUCCCAUAUCUUCCCCAAGUCUCAGUGAUUUUCUCUUCCGGAAUCUAUGACCUUGUUUUCAUUUCCACUGCCACCCUGACCCAGGCUACCAUUCAUUUCCCUCUGAGACUUCAAAGUAGCCUAAUUCCCACUUGUCCCUCUCACAUGCUCUGGUAGGCUGUCCAUUCAUUCUCCAUACAGUAACUUAAGUAAUCCUUUUAAAAUUGCAUAUCUGAUCCUUCCAUCGCCCAGCUUAAGGCUUCUCAUUUGCUUCCUAUUAUGUUUACAGUACACCAAAAUAUAUUCUGGGGGCGCCUGGGUGGCACAGCGGUUAAGCGUCUGCCUUCGGCUCAGGGCGUGAUCCCCGCGUUAUGGGAUCGAGCCCCACAUCAGGCUCCUCUGCUGAGAGCCUGCUUCUUCCACUCCCCCUGCUUGUGUUCCCUCUCUCGCUGGCUGUCUCUAUCUGUCAAAUAAAUAAAUAAAAUCUUUAAAAAUAUAUAUAUAUAUAUAUAUUCUGGCCCAGGAGGCCCUGGGGGAUCUGACCCUUGCCCAUCCCUCCCCUUGUUUUCUGUACCCCACCCUCACUGGCUUGCUUUCUUCUCAUUAAAUACAUGAUCUUCUCUCCCAUUUUAGGUCCUUUUGCCAGAUCCUUUUCUCUGAAGGUAUAGGGAAACCUUUAUUUCCAUGAGCUUAUUUUUCUAUAUAGGUGGUAAAUUUUACAUCAGAUGAGGCUCUGAGAGUUUAUAUAGACCAUGUACCUUAUCAUAUUAUUGUUCGUAACUUUAGUCCUUACUUUGUAAGGGCUUAACUCAUGUGAGAACUACCCUUCGAAAAACAUUUCUAAGGUAUUAGUGUUGCUAAACUAUAAACUUUGUGCUGGAAGUCCCCCAAGCACAUCAACGUUUAAAGUACAGUCUGUCAUAUAUAACAA